AUGGACGCCGCACCUCGAUCGACCUCGCGCCCGAGGCCCUCCAGGCCCACAACACCUCUACGCCCAAGCUCGCGCUCUUCAUUACGGGAAGCACAUGGAUUUGGAACCAGCAUUGGGAACGCAGGAUAUACACAGCCCGCCUUCAAUGCCCUGGAGCCACAGUUCGCCGAGCUGGCGGAUUCGAUGGCGGACCUCGAGGCCAACUUCAUGCACUUGCAGUUGAUGCAUGAGAGCCUCACGCGCUUCAGCGAGAGCUUUGCCAGUUUCUUAUACGGACUGAAUAUGAACGCGUUCUGUGUGGAUUUCCCAGAGGCUCCGAUUGCAGACUCAUUCAGAAAAGCUAAGCGAGAUGAGGAGGAGAAAGAGGCAGAGGCAGAGGCAGAACCAACCCGACCGACAGAUGAUGGCGAGAUGACUUUUAUGACAACGGACACGACGUUUGUCGAUAAUCCUCCAAGUACCACCACCGCCUCCUCCUCUAGACCGACAUCCAAGUACACUGCAGGCUCACGAGGUUUAUCAAGAGGCACUGCCCGUGGUGCAGCAAGCAGUCGGUAUACUACUAGAGGCACUGCUCGUGGUGCUCGUCCCAGCGCACUGCCUCGGGGUAGAGGCAUUGGGCCUCGGUAG